AUGGGCGGCAAGAUCGAGUGCUACCUUGACCUCGCGUCGCUGUACAGCUAUCUUGCCUUCUUGGACCUGCGCAGAAACAAGCCGCUGCUUGACGCUCACAAGGUCGAGGUUGAGUUCCACCCCGUCCUCUUGGGCGGUAUCAACGCCGGUUCUGGCAACCGUCCCCCAUGGACACUCCCCGCCAAAGCCAAGUACGGCGUCUACGACGCCCGCCGCUCCAUCGGUCGGCACCCGGGCCUGCAGAUCAACUUCCCUGACGAUCUGUUCUCCCUGGCGCGAACGCAGCCCGCCCUCCGCGCCCUGCACUACAUCAAACGCCACUACCCUUCCACCACCUACCUCACCGCCUUCCACUACCUCUUCUACCUGUUCUGGUCCCCGCCCAAAAACGCGGACCUCACCACAGCACAAAACGUGGCUGCUGCCCUCGCCAGUGUCCCCCGCGACUUCGACGGUAAGCCUCCUUCCGCCUCCAGCCCCAAGCUCUUCACCGAGCAGGAGGUCAAGGAGAUUAUGCAGGCUGCCGGGUCCGAGGAGUAUAAGAACAUUUUGAAGAAGACGACGCAAGAGGCGCUGGAGAAGGGCGCAUUUGGAAACCCGUGGUUAUGGGUUACCAAUGAGAAGGGGGAGAGCGAGCCGUUUUUUGGGAGCGAUCGGUUCCAUUUUGUGUACCAGUUCUUGGGAUUGCCAUACCGGGAUGUAACGUUGCUGCCACCGGGUGGGGAGAAGGCGAAGAUUUGA